CUCCAGAGAUGAUUCUGUUUGAGUUGUUUGACAGCAUUCUAAUUUAUUGCGCAAGUGGAACGUGCGUGUUGCAGAGCGGCAUAUGGUUUUAUGCUUACUGAAUGAAUACUCUCAUUUACUGAUUUACAACAGUUAAUUUCCAAAGUUUUCGCUUAUGGUAUUUAUGUAAUUCAGUUCGCAUAUUUUUUUGUAAAGAUUGCAGCGUUAGUGAUGUAAAUGCUUGUGAUAGUUGUCCACUUUCGGCAAUCUUCCGGGACAUACUGAGUUAAUCUAAUCCAAGUGUACAUGCGAUGACAUCAGCACGGGUAGCCAGUAACUGGAAGAAGCCUGACUAGUGUAAAUUAAUUGCAUUUUCUGCUUGGAGCAGCUGAAAACCUCAUCGAUUAUAUUACAGUCUGCUGCAUUGGUCCAUUGUAAACAAUGUAAGAUCCUUGUUGUGAUCUGCCUGACGGGAGAGACUUUUUUGGGUUUUGUUGAAUUUGGGACCGAUCUGUGUGGCACGCAGUCACGGCGCGCUGCUCAUUAGCGAGGCUCUUUUCUAGGCGAAUGAAUAAACAGUGGGAGGCUUUGCUGAUUUAAUAUGGUAGAGUUAGCGUAGUGAUAAUGAAGCAGCAGUGGUGUGCUGGUGUGGUGACUGUUUGAAAAUUGAAUCUAUAUUUAGAAGGGUGAGGAAUUUGCAAAAUGCUAGUUGGCAUGAAAAAUAAGGUCGAACUAAUCAUUGGCUCUCACCAUUUUAAAUGGCAGGAUAUAUGAACGGCAGCCACGGCGUUUGUGGCGCACAGACCACAUUUUCAAAGAGAAGAAAGUGCACUCAACUGCAACUGUUCCGGCGAACAGUUGGACGCGGUCGCUUGUUACGCCGUGCGCCCGGAAAAAUUACCAUAAUAAGCUGAACAGUUGAGACUUUGCUGCUUCGACUUUUUAUGAUCGGUUUAGUGCAGAUUCUCUGGACAAAUGGCUCAUUUUGAUUUUUUUCUCCAGUCAUACCGCCCAGAAGAUGCAUUGCCGCUUGGCAUGCAUUUUAGCGACUCAUUAGUUAAUGCGAAUUCUAACUUGGGAGCAUCUUUAUGCACAGGAACACAAACGGAUCUGCUGGAGAACGACGAUGUCAAGUCGGAAGUUCCGCUGUAUUUACCCACCAACAAUAUUGACAAUUCUGCGCUGACGAGUGGUGUUAGCGCGGGCAAUAUGAUGCCGACAAGCACCACGCAGACGACCGCACCAGCGGCCACACAACUCCCCAUGAGGCUGCAGGAUUCGGCACCGAAAAGACUCCAUGUCUCCAAUAUUCCCUUUAGAUUCCGCGAUCCUGAUCUAAAGGCGCUAUUUGAGCCAUUUGGAACAGUGACGCAAGUUGAGAUUAUUUUUAAUGACCGAGGAUCGAAGGGAUUCGGUUUUGUGACAUUUCAAAGUGCAUCCGAUGCUGACCGCGCCAAAGAUCACUUGAACGGGUCUGUCGUAGAUGGACGAAAAAUAGAGGUCAACGACGCAACCGCCAAGACCAACACGAAAGCUAAACCGACGUCAUCGUCCCCAUACGCGGCCAGAGUGCAUGUUGUUGGCUCGCCUAUUCAGAGGAACCGUUCAUCCUCGAGUCUCUUGAGAACCCAACCGUAUCAAGCGGCCCUGCUUUCCCGCAAUGCACAGACCUUGGCGGCGCAUGGACUAUACUCGGCGGCUGGCCUCUAUACGGAUCCCUAUGUGCUUGCCGGUUUGAAUCAAAUGACGAAUCUGGCCGCGGUGGCCAGUGCUCGAGCCAAUCCCUAUACCCAGUUAACCGCAGCGGCAACAUCAUUGCCAACGCAUCUCGCGGCAGCAUUGGGUGCUUACCAGAAUAAUGCAGCAGCACUGGGCGGUUAUAGCCGGGAUUUACUGGGAGCUAGCCAGGUGGAUCUGCUCAAUCGGCAUGCCCUGGCCCAAAUCUGGAAUCCUACGACGCCACAAGCGCCCAACGGGACAUCGGCCUGGUUUUGAGGGAUGCCUAAAGAAUAAGCCAUUGACUGUGUGUGCGGGGGGAAGAAUCAAAUGCUGAACGUUGCUCCUGAUAUUGCUGAAUGUUGCCAAUGGACUGUGUGCGACAGCCAAGUUGCACCGGUGGAGUGGAAUUCCUCUGAGCUAGCUAAUCGUUGUAUAUCCGUUUCAGUCUCCUUUAACCAAAAUCAAUCGUUUUGCUUUGUAUAUAGACAUGCACUGAGGACUCAUCGUAGCCGAUGAGCGUUAUGCCGUUGUAAUCAAACCACGGGUGCAUUUUUUUGCGCAGCUGUUUAAAGGAUUCUCGUUGUGGUUAUUAUAUUUUUUGGUUUAUGGUUAUAGCAAUCUCUGGGUGUGAGAGAUCUGAGUUAAUGCGUUAGCUUUAACUUAUUUUCCUUUAUGUUUUCGCGGUACAGAAAUUACUCAAACUGGCAUUCUCUUCUGGUUGCAGCGUGCAGUCGCUGACCGGAUGUGCCGUUCUUUCUGUGACGAACUCUUGUUCCUGUACUCUUGAUGCCAAAGCAAGUUCCGCUGGCUAGCUGCAUGGUUUGGUUAUAGUAUAAUUGUUUAUUCAAUAAACGUUAUAAACGU